AUGAAGAAUGAGCCGUUUAUAAUGGAAUCUUGGAGCACCGAACAGUGGCUGGCUCGAAAGUACUGGGUGAACGAGGAUGGCACUCCAAACUUGGUAUAUCUUCGUGAAAACUACGGUUUUAUUUAUAUCUUAUAAAAAAAGGUUCAAAAAAAUAGUUUACAGGAGAUGCCGAAGUACCUAUAUUUGAUGGGUGUGACUAUAGUGUAAUGAAAUAUUCUCAGUACAUUGAUCGAAUUUUAUCUGGCGAAGUGAAACCUAGUAGCUACUUGAAAGAUUGGCACUUCCAGAACAGGUUCGUUCAGUUGUGAUUUUGAAUCAAGUCAUUCUUCCAGUUUCGGUACAGCUUUCUAUUUUCUCCAUCCUUUCAUGCAGCGAGAUUGGGUAAAUUGCGAGGAAUGGUCAGGAAUUGGUAGUCCAUUUGGGGACGAUUAUCGCUUCGUCUAUCAUGGGGUACAAGGAUCUUGGUAUGAGAGAUUUUCAGUCUUCCAAAAAUUUAAAAAAUGCCUCUUUUCAGGACAAAGCUCCACUCUGAUGUCGUCGUUUCCCACAGUUGGUCGGCUAAUAUUUGUGGCCGAAAACAAUGGCUCAUGGUUCCUCCAGGGAAAGAGGGACUCUUCCGGGCAACUAGAGACGACUUUGUUGAAGAUAUGAGAGCCAGAAGCCACUUAUGGAGUGAGGUUUGUUUGAAAUCCGUUAAAAAAAGCCUGGCACUUUUCGGAAGUUUGAAAUAACCUAUAAGAGUGUCGAUAUUUUUGUGCCCCCUUCUUUUAAAAUUUCUUCAAGCAAUACUAAAUAGUGUAUUUUCUUGAUAUACAAUCAAUAUCUUUAAUAGUAGUAGUUUUACAGGCUAAAGUCAUAUCUUUCAUUCAAGAGCCGGGAGAGAUAGUUUUCGUUCCCUCAAACUGGUAUCACCAAGUUCACAACAUCGUAAUAAUGAUUUACAACGCAAAUUCUGCAAUAAUUUCUUUAGAGCGAUACAAUUUCAAUCAAUCACAAUUGGAUCAACUCCACGAAUAUUUCAAUGGUAGUGGAAUUUUUGAAGCAAAGGAAAAUCGAUGUGAAGAAUGAGAUUGCUGAUUGUUCUGAUAUGUUUACGGAGGUAGAAAUGGAGGAAAAAAAUCGAGGUUUGACAUCUGCGCCUUUAAAAAAACUAGAAAAUAUUUUUGAAUAGACACAGUUUAAAAUAUAUUCUCUUUUUUUGCAGUUGAUCUUGUUUGCUGAUGCUCGGCUAAAUUUUGAACGUCUUGAGAAACUUUUGUCGUCUGUCAAAAAAUCCAGAGAAAGUUUAGUAGAAUCCAGAUACGCCUGCUCCAAACAUGGACCAAAUCUGUGAGUCUCAAAACAUAUUCUGCUAUCGAACUCGGUUUUUCAAAUUUCAGAACGUGUUGUUUCUCGGAUGA